GGCCAUCUGCACACGUGAGUGAUAAAGUCCUUCCUCGCUGUGAAUAAACAUGGCCCCUCCUAAGACUGUAUCACUUCGGGACCUGUCUCCGGAUUUCUUCUGAAGACGGUAUAAUUUUGGGACCUCAUCUCCAGAUCUCAUUUAAGGACUACUGACUCAUCAAGAAAUGACUUACAAAAUGAAGAAAGAACAUGCCUUUUGGGCCACUGUGUGUCUGGUGCUUAGCCUUGUUCCCGAGCUUCUUCAUGCUCUGUCUGAGGAAGCUGAUGACGCAGAUUCUGAGCUGGGGUCAAUGAAACCGCUGCAUACAUUUUGUGCAAUGAAGGCAGAUGAUGGUCCAUGCAAAGCAAUGAUAAGGAGUUAUUUUUUCAAUAUGUAUACUCAUCAAUGUGAAGAAUUUAUAUACGGGGGAUGUGAAGGGAACGAGAACCGAUUUGAUACCCUGGAAGAGUGUAAGAAAACAUGCAUACCAGGUUAUGAGAAGAUAACUGUAAAGGCAUCCUCUGGAGCAGAAAGGCCAGAUUUCUGCUUCUUGGAAGAGGACCCUGGACUCUGCCGAGGUUACAUGAAGAGGUAUCUUUAUAACAACCAGACAAAGCAGUGUGAACGAUUCGUGUACGGUGGCUGCCUGGGCAACCGCAACAACUUUGAAACUUUGGAUGAGUGCAAGAAGAUCUGUGAGAAUCCAGUCCACCCCCCUUCCCCAGUGAAUGAGGUACAGAUGAGUGACUACGUAACUGAUGGAAACACUGUAACGGAUCGCAGUACUGUAAAUAACAUCGUGGUUCCCCAGUCUCCCAAAGUGCCCAGGCGUCGGGUUACAAAAGAAGAAACAAAUGGUGGUUGGAAGAAUGCUGACUAUACUUACCAAGGCUUUCUGAGUCCCGUCUACAUUCACGUACUCUAUUUUGUCUUUAGGAUUGGAUAGUAUAUUCUGUAAUUUGUUGCCGUUGGACUUAUUUCAUAAUAUUUACAUAGCACUUGACGCCUUUAUACUUAUUAUUGAUUAAGUUUUAAUAUUAACAUUCAUAGUUAACAUAAUCUUUUACUAUGUGUAACUGGUAAACUUACAACUAGAAAAGAAAGACCAGUCACAUUGGUUCAGGGUUUUUGCAGGUCAUUCUUGGAGAAAAGCUAAUUUUCCAAAUUCUUAUAGCCCACCUUGCUUCUGUACAUCAUCUCUUAACAGCUGCCUUGGUACUGUAUCACCUUUAUGAUAUUUUGAAAAAACUCAUCUUUGGUUAGACUUCAACAGCCUACUGCUAACUCAAUCUCCAGCACUUGGUCUUUGAUUGAGAAAAGGAGCGCCUAAGCACUGAGCGAGGGCCAUACUGCUUCAUGCCAGCCUCCAGGGCCAGGGAGAAUGACUAGAUGCAAUAAAGAAGACCCUGUGGCCACUUGAAACUCUUUCCUGACUUUAUCUAACAGAUAACCCAGGGCCAACCUCUACACUCACAGAAAACGGUGAGAAAGAAGUAAACGCAUGUAAUUAUAUACCUAAUCAUUAGCCUUCUGGAAGAGGAGUGAUGUUGACAGAGGAACUAUUCAAUAAUCAAAUGUCAUCACCGAUGUGGUCAUGUUAGAGAUCUGCAGUAGAAUGCUUUCACCUAUACGUUCUCUUGGAAGAUAUUGAUUACGUGCAGAGGAACUUCGCAAUCAUUUAAGUUUUCUGGGAAGAAAAUAUACCCCACCAACUAAGGAAUUGCAUAUCUAGAUGCAUACCCCAAGAAGUCACGAGUGCAGUGGGCACUCAUUUCAUCAACAAGCACACACAGGUUGAAACAAAUAUGGUGGCCUUCAAAUGUAUUCUCACUGAGAAGCAUAGGAUCUAUCUCAACAAUCUACGUAUUCCUUCAUCGUAAAUCUGGUAGCUUCUGCUGACAUUCUGGCAAGUUGAGUUUCCAUAAAUAGACAGCUUUAGCAGAGCUCAUACCAGGCCUUCUACUUCCUGUCAAGAAGGCUGGCAAGAAACAAGAAUGUGGCACUUCCUCUGCCAAAAUCACAGACAGCACCCUACCUACCUAGUAAAGCUCGUCACAGACUAUCUUGAGUCUAGUCAAAGACAAUCGUCCCAGACGGCAGAGCCCUCCAGAGAAACACUUCUCAGACAUCAGCAGAUCCUUUUACAAGAGAUGAAAUGGACAACUUCACUCUGUCAGCCAAUUCUUUUAAAUGACAUAUGUACUGAAUAAAAUAAUAGAAAUUUAA